GUGCUUUCCCCGUUUAUCACGCAAACCAUGCAGAAGCUCCUGCUGACAAGCACUGUACUCAAGAAUGUGGUACAUUCUGUUCGGUCCGACCAUUCCAUUAGCAUCUGUUUACGAACCAUUACAGGGAAUAGGGGUCUAGUUCUUUGCUAUAAUAGAACACACUUCAUUCAUCUGCGAACGUUCUUCUCAUCGCAGUGUCUUUCUUCACACCUUCCGUCAUGAAGUUCAGCUUGGCCAGCACCGCUUUUGCGGCAUUCGUGUCGUUCACCGCGGCUCUCCCUCACCAAAAAGAUGAUAUCACAUCACUGGCAACAGAGCAAGCUGUACAGGCAAAUUACGAUGUGGUCAUCGUAGGCGGCGGUCCGGCAGGCUUGUCUGCUGCGAGUGCGCUGGCAAGAGUACGACGCAAUGUUCUUCUUAUCGACAGCGCGGACUACAGAAAUCAAUACACCCGCCAUGUGCACGAUGUUCUCGGCUAUGAUGGCGUUACUCCAGCAUACCUCCGAUGGAGAGCUCGCGAACAGAUCAUCCAGUACCCUACUGUGAACCUCACCAAUGGCACGGUCAGCAAAAUCGAAGCCAUUGGCAACGAAAAUGUCACUUCUUUCAGCAUCACUGCAAACUUCUCCUCGAACGGCAACACGACUUUCACGGCCCGUAAAGUCGUCCUCGCAACCGGUCUUCGCGAUAUUAUCCCAACCAGCCCAGGCUUUGCAGAGAACUGGGGGAAGGGAAUUUACUGGUGCCCAUGGUGCGACGGCUACGAACAUGCUGACCAACCCUAUGGCAUUCUCGGCCCCCUCGACAAAUCAGGCAACACUCCUCUUGAGAUCUUGACUUUGAACAAGGACGUUAUCAUCUUUGCCAACGGUACAGACACCCCCGAGAACCGAGCUGCCGUGCAGAAGAAGCUCCCAGAUUUCGAUAUUUGGUAUGAUGUACACGGCAUCAAAGUCGACAACCGAACCAUCACUUCGCUUGAGCGUCUGCAGGAUGCUUCUGCUCAAUACCACGACCCCACCAAGCCGACUUCGCCAGAGUACGAUCUUUUCCGUCUCAACUUCGUUGAGGGACCAUCUGUGGAGCGUGCGGCUUUCAUCACGAACUGGCCAAGCGAGCAGCGAUCGAAGAUCGGACAAGAGGCUGGUGUUCAGAUCUGGGGAGACAAGCUUGCUACCAAUGCGUCGAACGGUCUGAUCACCAAUGUGCCUGGUAUCUAUGGAGUGGGAGAUGCAAAUGCAGACAACAGCACAAACGUACCACAUGCGAUGUGGAGUGGAAAGAGAUCGGCUGUGUCUAUACACGUUAAGCUGGAGACGGAGAAUGCGCAGUACCAGAUUUCGCAAGCUGAAGCCAAGGGACUGACCAAGAGAGAGCUCUCGGAGAGAGAUGUGUGGGACAUAGUGAACCCGAGGGACGACGCACUAUAUGUUGAAGACUUUGAUCGCCUUUGAGUACAUCCAAGAACAUUGGAGGCCGGAAAAGGGUGAACGCAGCGCCCCUGGAUCUGGGUGAGCAGGGUGUUGAUGUUAACAGAGACACAAACCCCCAUUGUUUCGUAGAUCCUAGAGCAUUCCCUGUGUAACAACGCUUUACUUGUUGGCAUUCAAGAUCCAUGGCAGCGAAGUCGGCCGUGGUAACAUGGUAGCACCAAAAUUCGGCACACCUAAGUGCAGACAACCCUCGCAGAUAUGUUCCAACAGAGACACGCGUGCGAGCU